CCCUCCCCCUUGUCCUCUCCGCCGAUCUGUUAUAUCCACUUCCGGGCUGAACAAGCCUGGGCAGCCAGAAAGGGGGCGAGGCCGAGGACGCAGGCGUGUGGUGCAGCCACUGAGUGGAUGGUGCCUUCAAGAGGAAACACAGGAAGAGGGAGGGCCCGUGGUAUGGCGCGUGCGCUGUGAUGUGGCAGAGCUCCGGCGGCCAUUUUAACUGAGGGCAGGACGGAAGACCCUGAAACGAAGGUCCUGAGCAAGACUCUCCGGCGUCUGACAUUGGCUUCGCUUGGAAAAAACCCUUAGGACUCUCCGCAGCAGGAGACUAGUCUUGUUGGAGACAGCGAUUCUGGAGGGCCGUGGUCCUGGCUGCAUUAGGAAGAACGAAACGAGCUUUUCUUCAGUUUUAGCAAUUAGGAAGUGCUUAAGGUGGACUAUGCAAAGUGCACUUGAUGGAAGGAAAUGUCCAUUCUAUUUGAGUCCCAGUUUCUGUUGUUAGGUGCUGUCAGGUUGUGAGUUUAGGAGAAUUAAUGGAGAUAGCAAAAGAAAAAAGAUCUUUAUUUAUGAAAGAAGAUGAUUCCCAGCUAUUUUUUGCACAGAGGCUUCAUUUCCCUGAACAUUCUAUUAUUUGAACCACUGACGGCGACUCCUUGAGCUCUUAGGACCCUCAUAAAAUUGAGAAUGAAUAGACAGAAACAAUCAGAAAUUUUAUCCUGAUGGCUGACUCCCAACCACUCCUCUCCCUUGACUGGGAUCCCGUGGCUGCAGAAGCCUUGCUCCAGGAUGUGUUUAGGAUUGUUGUGGAUGAAAUCAUUUGGAAAGGGACCAGUGCUACUGAGAAGGUCUGUGAGUGGAAGGAGCCAGAGGAGCUGAAGCAGCUGCUGGAUUUGGAGCUGCAGAACCAGGCGGAGUCACAGGAGCAAAUUCUGGAGCGGUGCCGGGCUGUGAUCCGCUACAGCGUGAAGACCUGUCACCCUCGCUUCUUCAACCAGCUCUUCUCAGGGUUGGAUCCUCACGCUCUGGCCGGGCGCAUUGUCACUGAGAGCCUCAAUACCAGCCAGUACACUUAUGAAAUCGCCCCUGUGUUUGUGCUCAUGGAAGAGGAAGUGCUGAAGAAACUUCGGGCGCUGGUGGGCUGGAGCUCUGGGGAUGGGGUCUUCUGCCCUGGUGGCUCCAUCGCCAACAUGUAUGCUAUGAACCUGGCCCGCUAUCAGCGCUAUCCUGAUUGCAAGCAGAGGGGCCUCCGGGCGCUGCCACCCCUGGCCCUCUUCACAACAGAGGAGUGUCACUACUCCAUCAAAAAGGGAGCCGCUUUCCUGGGAUUUGGCACCGACAGUGUCCGAGUGGUCAAGGCAGAUGCGAGAGGGAAGAUGAUCCCUGAGGAUCUGGAGAGGCAGAUCUGUCUGGCCAAGGCUGAGGGUGCUGUGCCGUUCCUGGUCAGUGCCACUUCUGGCACUACUGUACUGGGGGCCUUUGACCCCCUGGAAGCAGUUGCUGAUGUGUGCCAGCGUCAUGGGCUAUGGCUGCAUGUGGAUGCUGCCUGGGGUGGAAGUGUCCUGCUGUCACAGACACAUAGACAUCUCCUGGAUGGGAUCCACAGGGCUGACUCCGUGGCCUGGAACCCCCACAAGCUCCUCGCAGCAGGCCUGCAGUGCUCAGCUCUUCUUCUCCGGGAUACCACGAAUCUGCUCAAGCGCUGCCACGGGUCCCAGGCCAGCUACCUCUUCCAGCAGGACAAAUUCUAUGAUGUGGCCCUGGAUACAGGAGACAAGGUGGUGCAGUGUGGCCGCCGUGUGGACUGUUUGAAGUUGUGGCUCAUGUGGAAGGCACAGGGCGGGCAAGGGCUGGAGCGGCGUGUGGACCAGGCCUUUGCCCUUGCCCGUUACCUGGUGGAAGAAAUGAAGAAGCGGGAAGGAUUUGAGUUGGUCAUGGAGCCUGAGUUUGUCAAUGUGUGUUUCUGGUUCCUGCCCCCCAGCCUGCGGGGCAAGCAGAAGAGUCUGGAUUACAGUGAAAGGCUGGCUAAGGUGGCCCCGGUACUCAAGGAGCGCAUGGUGAAGGAGGGCUCCAUGAUGAUUGGCUACCAGCCCCAUGGGACCCGCGGCAACUUUUUCCGCAUGAUUGUGGCCAACCCUGCACUGACUCAGGCCGAUAUGCUCUUCCUCCUUGAUGAGCUGGAGCGGCUAGGCCGGGACCUCUGAGUCUACUCCUUCUACCGUCGGCCUGGACAGCCCCUCGCCCUCACUGGCUCUGCGUAUUCCCGCCCUGUGUUCUCAAGACCAAUCUUUUUAGAAAGCAGAAUGGCUGUAACAAUGUUUAUAUCCCUUGGCCCACUAACUUUCCUAUUAAGUAGUUGAUAUUAGGAGAAUGUCUAAUAAACUAUAGUGUAUCCUUAUUAUGGAAUUUUAGUCUGCCUUUAGAAUUAUUUUUAAAAAGAAUUUUAAUUGGUAUGAGAAAAAUAAUUUUAUUAUGUUAUAAAAUUUGAAUAUAGUACUUUAUUAUAGUAAUAUCUGAGCUAUAUUAAAAAUACAUAGGAAGAGAGUGAUGAAAUAUGCCAAAAUGAUCGUAGUUUUUUUCCUGCAAUGGGAUCAUAGGCAAUUUGAAAGUUAACUUCUUUAUACCUUUUGUGCUCUCUCCUUUUAUUGUUUAAUGAAUAUACAUUACUUUUAUAAUAGAAAAAUAAUAAAGUAGAAUUUUCAACUAUA